AUGUAUGCAGUAUAUGAGAAACAGGAGGUCCUGGAAGCCCUCGGGCAUUCAAGUGGCAUUCAACUCCUGGCCUACACCAUUGUAUCCGAUAACGAUUCCACCCCAAAUAUUCCAGUCUUUGGUCUUGCCACAAACACCGAGGCUAUCUCAGCGCUCACUGACACUGAUACCGAAAAGUUAGCGGAAUCAUAUGUUCGUGAGGUCCAUACCCGUAGCCAUCGAACUCCUUCAGGAGGCCGAUUUGACCAUUCAAUCAAUGUUUUCCUCAAUUGGGUUCAAACCCAGGCUUUGCAGCAACCAACCGCUGAAAGGCUUCUUCAUUACCAUGAUAGAAUGAGGGCUGCAAUAUCUACUAGGGAACUCUCUUCCAAAAAAUAUGAGCUGACCAACUGUAAACAACACGACCGUCCCGUCAGCUCUGCUCAUCAAAGAAAGCCCAAGAAGAAAAUGGAAAAGGAAAAGAAAGAGGAUGAGAAAGAAGAGGCUAAGGAGGGAAAGAAGAAGAAAAAGAAGAAUAAGGGAAGGCCAAGUAGAUCAGAAAGAUUGAUAAAUCUAGGAAGAUGA